AUGAAUACUCCCGAUGCCGAUGAGUACGUUCACACAAAAGUAGCCUCACUGCCCCUGAAGCCCACAGAAGCCACUGUCAUAUUCGAGAACGAAUACUUCCAAGUCAGGCGAUCGGAUCUCGCAGGAUGGGGUGCUUUCGCAGUUCGAGAGCUCAAAGAAGGGGAUCAGAUCCUCUUGGAAAAGCCACUCUUCACGGCCACCAACCUGACCCUCUUUGAUGGGUUCGCCAGCUUGAGCAAGCCGCUGCAAGAGGUGGCUUACAGCCUCCAUGCAAACAAUAACUUCCAUGCAGCCUAUCCAGUAGAAGUAUUGAUCUGGAAGACAAACGCCUUCUCAACUGCCAACCCAUCGAAAGGCCGUUGCUACGAUGAAGCAGGUCUGUUCCCAAUCGCUUCUCGGUUCAACCACGCCUGUGAGCCGAUGAAUAGUGUCAAAUGGCACUACAACCACGCCGAUGGAAAUCUCAAGAUGACCAUCCAAGCGAAGAGUAUUGAAGCUGGCAAGGAACUUACUAUUACGUAUGAUACCCUGAGCCCUAUGGCACUUUAUGAUAGAUAUGGAUUCCAGUGUAGUUGCGGGGGAUGUCCUGGGCUCUCGGACUGGGAGUUGAAGGAGCGAGAGGAAUGUCAAUGGUAG